CUCCAGCUUGCAAACACCCACUUCCCUCCUCCUCCUCUGCUGCCCAUUGUCCCCUUCCUGUCACUUCUCCCUCGACGGGACUGGGGACUCCGGCGGCUGCUCCGCUUCAAAUUGUUUACGACAUCAAGAUUCGAACUGCAUGUAAUGGAGAACAAGUCUGAUCACCGCAAUUGAGAGAAACCAGUUGGAUUUCUGAUCUAGUCGGAGGUAGACUUACCUGUGAAGUAAGAAACUAUUUUGUGGUUCAGAUUUCUCAUUGUUUAGGGGUUUGGAGAGUGAUCACCAUGCAAACAUCGAUGUUCUUCGAGAAUCAUGGAGUUGGGCGGCUACUGGUUUCACAGACCCCUCAGACUACUCAGUUUCCUUGGUUGGUUGGAUCUCAACCUAUAUAUGGUGAGCCUCUUAGCCAGAUGAAGCCAAUAACUGGGGACCAUAUCAGUGUGGAGGAGCAGCUACCAGCUGUGUCACGACAAGUGAAUCAUGUUAUAGACUUAAGCAAGGUGCGAGGUUCAGCGUUCAAAAUCCCAGAGAAAGGUGGUAAUGGUACGGUUAGCUUCUCAAUAUUCCUAGAUUCCAAGGAUUUAAUAAAAGAGCAGAAGAUUCAGCAACAUUUGAUGCCCUUCUCUCUACAGCCAUCAUUACCAGAAAAUCCAAAUUGUUUCGAACAGGGUUUUGGUCAGUCCAUGGUUUGUCCCAGUAGCUCUUAUGUUGACCAGUUCUAUGGCUUAUAUGCAACUUAUGGAACCCAAGCAAUGAAUGGGCGUAUGCUUUUACCAAUGGAUAUGACAACUGAAGGACCGAUCUAUGUGAAUGCAAAACAGUUCCAUGCAAUUCUUCGUCGCCGCAAAGCCCGUGCUAAAGCUCAGAAAGAGAACAAGUCGAUUAAAGUUAGGAAGCCAUAUUUGCAUGAGUCGCGUCACCUUCAUGCGAUGCGUCGAAUGAGGGGCUGUGGUGGUCGCUUUUUGAACUCGAAAAAGGAAUGCAGCGGACAGGGUGGAAAUGGUGGUUGCAAAGUGAAAGAUGGGUUGCCUCCUCGUCCUGCCACAUUUGCAAGGUCUGAAAUUCUGCAGUCUGAUAGCUUAAAUCUGAACUCAGCAAGCGGUGGUUCGAGUGCAUCAGGAUCCGAGGUGACAAGCGUGUAUGCUCAGGAAGACGUUGAUGACUUCCACAUCGCUGAACAUUUGUGCCCAUCUGUUUUCCAGUCUCAUUUAAUUAUGAUGAACGGAGGACAAGGAACCAGUAACCAUAGCAAAUGGGGUGCAGCAGCUGAUAGCUGCUGUGAUCUCCUCAAAGUCUGAUGAGAUCAAUACCAGGGAGGGGUGGUUGAGAGUUAUGGUACUUGUUAGCUUGAGAGCAGUGCUGCAACCUAUUCAUUCCCUUCCAGGACUUAACACAACCAGAUGGAAGAAAUGGCCACUGGUUAGAUCUGGAUCGCGGAUCAACCUGGCUUUAUUUGGUUGGGCAAUUCAUUCUUGGCUUAUCCGCAUCGGGGCCUUCAAAAUCAUCUAACUGUUCCUAGUAAGUCUAGCAGACUUGCGGCAGUGACGAUGAUGAAAGUCCUCGAUGCGCUGUAAAGGCGUGGAUGGGGCUUGUCCCUGUCUUUCCUGGUACUUUAUGAAGAACAACCAUAUCUGUGGAUUCAGAUAACCAUGAACAUUGUACAUCUCGGAGCUUGUUUGGUUGAAGUGUUUGUGUGCUACGUACCGUUAUAUUUAUGAUUGGAAACUACUUUUGUUAGCUUCUUU